UGCGAGACAAUGAAAGAAACUCACUCUUGCAACUUGCUUCUGCUGCUACUGCACCUGGCAGGACUUUUAGGAUCAGCUGUAACGAAUGCUGGAGGUAGUAACGGUAUCUCUGUUCUCUUGGACCCAGUCAUUGUUGGACCAGACUUUGUGACGGUGGGUGUGCCUUGCAGUUUUGAGUGUGUUGCCCAGUGCUUUCCCUCCUGUAACUACACCAUGGGUAAAGACGGGCAGGUUGAACCUGGAAACAAUCUGUUCUUCACGGUUGUUCAAUGGAAGGAGACACUAACAAUUACCUGCACUGCAAGAAAUACAUCUGGGGUGUCCUCCACUGUUGAAAAGAUCCUACAGGUUUUAGAGGGACCAAACAACGUAACUAUCAUUGGCCCUGACCUGAUGACCCAAGGGUACUCUGAGAGCUUCCAGUGUCACGCCAAAUGUCAUCCCUCCUGCAACUACACCUGGACAGUGGACCAAUCACUUGUGGGAAAUGGGGGCAAUAUUACUAUAAAUUCCUCAGAUUUUGCAUUCCCUGUGAAACUGGACUGCCAGGCAGAAAACAGUGUGUCUGGUCUAUACGCUAUGGCAAGCAGAACCAUCCCUGUGAUAUUGGGUCCAUCAGAGGCUGAAAUCAUUGGUCCAGACGUCGUUGUCGUCGGCGUCAGGUCUGAAUUUCAGUGCUCUGCCAAAUGCACUCCCAGCUGUGACUACUUCUGGAUCUAUGAAGGUCGGCUUGUCAAUGGCAGCAAGAUGGAGAUGACGGCCAACAGACACGUGAAGUCAGAGAUGAUUACAUGCAGGGUUGAAAAUACGGUCUCAGCUCAUUCUGAAGUGGUCCGCAGGACCAUAAGGGUGGAAGAAAAGUCCAAUGCCACAAAGGUGACACAGAUUAUGUCCCUGUUCCUGUUUGCCCUAACAAUCACACUUGCCAGUGUAAUCUCACCAUGAUCCAGCAGAGGGCAGUGUGGUACAAGAUUUAAGAUGGAGUUUAAAGCUGCAAUCAUGGAAGACCGACUGAAUGCCAACUCUACGUCAGAGAACGUAGCUCAGAUUAAAUAUUUUAAGUAAACGGUAAAUAUUGUUUGUUGACUUUGUUCAAAUUAUAUCUGUCCCAAUAUAUAAAAUACAUCAAACUGAUUACUUAAGUUGAAACAAUAAUGAUUAUGAUAAAAAUAAUAAUUCUAUAGUUCCAUAAUAAAUCCAAAUUGUUACGAUGGGUACUAUGUACAAUCCCAUCCAACUGAUGUGUAGCAUCAACUUACCCCAUCAAACAUUAGGGGACCACCCUGAAUAUCGAAAAUGUGGAUCUUGAAUGUAAAUCCUGACUAAAUAUGGCGAAGUGGAAUUUAGCAGUUAUGCUGCAUAAUACAGGAAUAAACUACCAGAAGAUCUUAGACGUACCCCAAACCCAUCACUUUUGAAAUCCAGGUUAAAAACACUUGUCUUUUCUCAUGCCUAUGACUGAGCUCUUAACCACACAGUGAGGCUUACAGCUUUUCUCGCUUCCUCAUGGAGUCUCUUACGGAAUCUACCGGUUGUUUUUAUUUCGUUUUAAAUCUUUUAAAUUUCUAUUUCCGUAUUCUAUGUAAAGCACAUUGAAUUGCCUAUUUGAUGUUUUUAUUCUAUUGUUUGUUUUUAUUCUUAUGUAUGUUUCUUUGUAAAGCACACUGAAUUGCUUCCAUGUAAUUUGUUCCUUUUUGAUUAUCACAGAUUAUAGAUGAGUUGGUAGAGUACAUAAGAACAAUUUUCCAGAGGUGAUGUACUGUAUCUACACACACCCUGUCUAACUGCUUAGGUUCCUCCAUUGAUAAUACUCUUAUGUUCGAAUGGUUACAUUUGUGUGCAUCUAGGUUAAAAUGAAUAAUACAUGUGAUUACAACCCAUCCUUUGGCUGUGAAUAUACUGUGGUUGUUACAUUACAUCACAAAGCUCAGCAUCUCCAUAAUGAGAGAAACAGAUUUAAACACAUCUGCACAUUCAAGCAGUAACAUUCACUGGGUCUGAAUAGAAUAGGCAGAUGUUGGCAA